UUUUUAUGUCUCUCUGUCUCCUAGUCAAAAUCUUCUCUCUCCUUCUCCAGUCUCCUUCCAACGCUAUUAGAUCUCGGAGAAGCUUCGGUUCUCUCCCUCACUCCCCCGAUCCCCCUUCUGGAUCUUGCGGCCCGCGUCUCUACUGCAUCGUACCGUUUCAAGGCCAGAGCUUCUGUUUCUGUUGAUUCAGCACUUCAGUUGACCAUUGAGCAAAGCAUUUGAAGCCGUUGGUGGGUUUUGAGUAACCUUAUCUAUGUAGGAGGCUUAUGUUGCAACGUCGAUGAAUUAGGUUGCUACUGACGGAGAUAGCACCCUGAUGUGGUUCUCUAGAUGAAGUUAACACAGGAGUGGCUGCCAGGCACUGGGGUCCUGAAAAUCAUGCCGGUGGCUCGCAAUAGAAACUCAUCAAGAAGGCCUAUAUGGAUUAUUGUCCUGGUAGCUUUGGUUUGUGUGGCACUGAUCAGGGCUUAUGUUUACCCACCUCAGCAAUAUUCUGCUUGCUAUUUCUUAUCUUCUAGUGUUUGCAGUCCUUUUAAGGAUUGGCUUCCACCUGUACCCGUUAGAGUCUACACUGAUGAUGAGAUUGCUGCUCAUGUUGUCGUUAGAGAAAUUCUUUCAAUGCCAUCUGUUCGGUCGAAGAAUCCCAAAAUUGCUUUUAUGUUCCUGACUCCGGGUUCGUUGCCUUUUGAAAAGCUUUGGGAGAAAUUCUUCCUGGUGGCCUGGGGGAAAAUUUCCAUGGUUGAUGCAGAGAAGAGAUUGUUGGCAAAUGCACUUCAAGAUGCUGAUAAUCAGCAUUUUGUGUUACUUUCUGAAAGCUGUAUACCAUUACAUAAUUUUGAUUAUGUAUAUAGUUAUCUGAUGGAAACAAAUAUCAGCUUUAUUGACUGUUUUGAGGAUCCUGGCCCACAUGGAACAGGCAGGUAUUCUGAGCGUAUGUUGCCUGAGAUCGAAAAGAAAGACUGGAGGAAAGGUGCACAGUGGUUUUCAAUCAAGCGACAACAUGCUGUGCUGAUUCUGGCUGACAGUCUUUACUACACAAAAUUCAAGCUUUAUUGUAAGCCAGGUAUGGAAGGACGGAAUUGCUAUUCUGAUGAACAUUACCUGCCAACUCUUUUCCACAUGGUUGAUCCUACUGGAAUUGCAAAUUGGUCUGUGACUCAUGUUGAUUGGUCUGAGGGAAAGUGGCAUCCAAAAUCAUACAAAGCUCGGGAUGUUACUUUCAAGCUUUUGAAGAAUAUAACAUCUAUUGAUGAGACCGUACAUGUUACAAGUGAUGCAAAGAAGGUAGUGCAGAAGAGACCUUGCCUAUGGAAUGGAUCAAAGAGGCCAUGUUAUUUAUUUGCCAGGAAAUUUGUCCCUGAAACGCUUGAUAAUGUGAUGAAUUUACUCUCCAAUUUUACAGCUCUAUUUGAGUGAGCAGCAUACGUAGCAUUCUUUUGGCCGAGCAUUCAAACUCUGUCCCUCACCCUUCAGUUCCUAAUUUAGUAUAUAAAUUGUGUACACAUGAAACUGCUCGUCGAUCUGUAAUGCCAAUCAGGUUCAUAGGACGGGAGAGACUGUCGGAUGCUUGAGGAAUGGCUUGAGUUCUGUGAGUGUUUGAGUAGGGCUGAGGUGGCUGCCAACUCAAUGCCUCUCUGCCCCUCAAUUAAUGUCUCCAUAAUUUUUCUGUUUUCUUUUUAAUCAAUAGCUUUCUUUUAUUAUCGGUUUUAUGUAGGUUCUUUCAUUUUCGUCCAGUGGUUCUGCUUUUGGAACAGCAAAUUUUGUUAGCCUAUUUAACUGCUGUAAUUUGAUCCAUUUUCGCAGAGAUGGAAAACAAAAGAUCACAAAUUA